AUGUCCCAAGACAUAUUAAAAAAUGCUGUCCAUUCUCAACGUGUUCGUUUCUUGUACAAAUUUAUACUUACUUUGCAUCGUUCACUCCCUUCGCAUUUACGGGAAAUUGGUGACAAAUAUGUGAAAACAGAAUUCAAGAAGCAUAAGGAUGUCAAACUUGAAUUUGUUCAACCAUUCAUGGUUGAAUGGACAAAAUAUGCAGUUGAAUUAUCAAUGCAAAUUCAACAAUCAAUACGAAAUUCGAAUAAUAAAAUUGGCGAAAAGGAUAAAAUUAAAAUGAACAAGGAAGAAGCGCUUGGUAAACCAUUGGAUGAAACUUCAUUGAAUUAUUUUUCUGAAACACAACUUAAUCAGUUAUUAACUUUAGCUAAAGAAAUUUAUGAUGAAAAUCAUAAACCAUUAGAAAACUAG